AUGGUUCUGGACCAACAGAUGCUCCACCUCAACCUCGAAGAUCACCGGCCCGUUAAUUUCGACAUGGUCGUAACGCCCCCCGCCGAAUCUGAGAUCAGAACGCACGGCAAAGCCACAGGAUCCCCUCUGCAUGAUCGCGAAACUAGCAUAACGCCGUCCAAUUCCAGCGCAGCCACGACCAAUGACCCUAUGAGUCGGAUUUAUCGUCACACCCCGACUCCGACAAUCGUGCUCGAUGGCUCUCUCCGUAUCAUCCAAGCGUCCGACAGCCACUUGGCCCUAUUCAAUUACAGACGCGAAGAACUACUGAGCACCAGCAUCUACGACUUAUCCCCGAAUCUUGUUCCCGCACCGGAUAUCGCAUCGUUGAGUGGCGCGCUGGGCGCUGCCAUCACGACGCGCACGCCGCAAGUCAUCCGUACCGUUCAUGUCGCUAAGCAGAAUACCGACUUUUCUCUCCGGGUGACACCGAUCUUCGAAGACGAUACCCUGAUCUACGUACUGCUCGAAGCGCACUCCGUGGGAGCCGAACAGCCCAAAACGAAAAUCAACGAACAAACGUACUUAAAUGAGACCUACAAGAUUCUCAUCAACACCGUGAAAGACUAUGCAAUCUUCAUGUUGGACACUCGGGGCCACAUCGCCACGUGGAAUGCCGGGGCUGCCAUCUUGAAGGGCUACACCGCAGAGGAAAUCAUCGGAAAGCAUUUCUCCAUUUUUUACGGACAAGAAGAUCGUCAGGCAAACAAACCGGCACGAGAGCUUGAAGUCUGUCUGCGGGACGGUAAAGUGGAAGAUGAAGGAUGGCGCUAUCGGAAGGAUGGGGGUCGCUUCUGGGCGAACGUGAUGAUUACCCCCAUCUAUCAGUUUGGUCGACAUAUUGGGUUUGUCAAGGUCACUCGCGAUCUUACCGAACGCAGGGCCGCGGAAGCUCGGCUAAUUGAAGCAUUCGAAGAGUCGUCAAAACUCAAGACUGAAUUCUUGGCCAAUAUGUCGCACGAGUUGCGCACCCCCAUGAACGGAAUGUUGCUGGCCCUGACGAUGUUGAUGAGAACGCCGUUGACGAAUGAUCAACAAGAGUAUGCGUCCAUCCUGGAAGAUUCAACCACGAUGCUGCUGCAGGUCAUCAACGACGUACUCGACUAUUCUAAAUUGUCAUCCGGGUCUUUCUCUCUCAACACGGACGUGUUGAACAUCCCCAAUAUCGUCAACGCGGUCAUUCGAAACUGCCAACCCUCUCUGAAACCGGGUGUGGUUCUGGAAAGCAUCAUUGCCCCGGAUUUUCCCAAACAUAUCAGAGGCGACCCACUACGUUUCCGACAGGUCUUGCAAAACUUGCUGGGCAACGCCGUCAAAUUCACCGAGAAAGGUUACGUUCAUGUGAAAGCGUCAUGUUCGAUUGAUCCAGAUGAUUCUCAGUCGUAUAUUGUCUCUGUUCAAGUUGAAGACACUGGUAUUGGUGUACCCGAGGUUGCAGUCAACACGCUUUUCACACCCUUCACGCGAUUUGCAGACUCCGCAACACGUCGCUACCAGGGGACGGGGUUGGGACUUUCCAUCUGCAAGAGUCUGGCAGAAUUGAUGGAUGGUGCCGUCGGAUUUCAUGCCAACCCAGAACGAUCUGGUAGUGUGUUUUGGAUCUCGGCCAAGAUGGGCCGCAUCGACCGGUCAGCCAUCAGAAUCCCCAAAAGCGUCAAGCCAUCAGCUCAGGGAUCAACAACUGUGGAUACCUCCACCCUACUGCGGAAGGUGGCCGCGCAGAAACAGAUUUUGUUGGUUGAAGACAACAAGGUCAAUCAGACUAUCAUGCUCAAGCUUCUGGCGACUCUCGGUUUUGAGAGAGUGGAUGCCGCCUGGGACGGUGCAGAGGCUGUUCGAAUGGUCAAGCAAAAGCCGCUGGCGUAUCAUUUGAUUUUGAUGGAUAUCAAUAUGCCGGUGAUGGAUGGCCUGAUGGCGACCGAAAAAAUUCGACAGAUGAGAGUGGAUGUCCCUAUCAUUGCGUUGACAGGGAAUGCGCUGAAGGGUGACGCUGAGACUUACCUGGCUAAAGGAAUGAACGAUUAUAUCGCUAAGCCUUUGCAUCGGCAGCAGUUGGUGGACAUUCUGUGGAAAUGGUGCGGAUCUGAAAGUCUCGGCACUUGA